GGACCCGGCUCUGGGAAGUUCGGUCGGAAGGUCUUGAACUGGAGAAGUGUGAAGCACCUGUAAGUGGAUGCUCGCACUGCAACCGCAAUGCUGAUUGAUCAGAUGAACGCCGUGCGAGCGGUCGUUUUCCAAGUCAUUUGGCUUCAUGUUGCUAGUGUGCAGGCAAGAAGCCCUUCUAUAGGGCCUACAUGUGAUCACCUUGAGGUCUCAUCAUGUAAAAUACAUCACAGUGUGGACAAAAACAACCAACCAGAUCUCAGAUAUUACUACGAAGAAUGCUUCGACAAGGUAUGCACGGAGAUCAACCCUGCGAAGCCGCCGCCACCUCCUCCUGCUGAUUUUUGGCUCAGCCGACCUCGAGAGCUACAAACUGAGGAGGCAAAGCUUGGUCCACACAGCCGCCCAACUUCAGCGUUUGACUUUCAAAAUCGCACGUUUGCUGCAUUUGCACCUUCAGUAGGUCAGGCGAAGACCGUCAUAACAGCAGGACGGGACGCAUAUGUAAGCGAUUACAUGGAGAGGUACUCAGAUCCAGAAUGGAUCGGUGUGGAUAGCGAGGGACGCUUUAUUCGAGCAGAGAGUCCUCAACAAUAUUGGUUUUGUUCAGGUGGUUCAAAGGGGACACCCGGGACGCCGGAUGUAAGCACUGUAAAUUCUGAAAAUGAAACAUAUGCAGGAGUAGAGUACAACGCAAGAGUUAGCACAAAUACAUCCCGUCCACUGGGGUUGACAGAAGACAUGAGAGCCCAUUGCGAGUUUCUGAGGUUUAAGAGCUUCCUGCUUUUGACCAGUUGUGACAGGAUGACUGUGGAUUGUCGGUACGACUGUUUGCCCACCUACAGAGCCUUGAUGUGCGCAUUGUUCUUCCCACAAUGUGAACCUUAUCAUGGACCCUACUCUGAGCCGGGAACGCGAGAUAUACAAACGAACACCUCGGGAGGUGUUAUAUACGGUCCUGCAAACAUUACGGAUGACAUUGGCGCAAAGUUCAUCAUUAUAAAACCAUGUCGCGCUUUGUGCUAUGAAGUAGAACGACGGUGCACAGCUGAAACUCAGUGGCAGUGUGAUCUGAAGGAGGGCCGCGAUUGGUCAAAUGCUCCAUACUGUAAUUCUGUUAAUCAAAGAGACGGUAAAUCGAUGAAUCCAUGAGGGAAAUAAAACCACUUGUCGAGGUCGAAUAUCUACAUUUGAGAGUCAACUAAAUAAUAUGUUCUCUUGCUUUACCU